AUGCAAUAUCAACCAUAUUUGCUGGAGUAUGUUGAGAAGGAAAGAGCUGGGAUUGAAAGAGACAGUGCAACAAUUGGGAAUGACAUAGAGAAUGAGAGAGCUGGGGUUGAGAGAAACAGUUCAACAAUUGAGGGUGACAUGGAGAAUGAAAGAGUUAGGGUUAAGAGAGACAAUACAAUAGUUGGGGCUGACAUAGAGAAUGAAAGAGGUGGGGUUGAGAGAGACAAUACAACAGUUGGGGCUGACAUAGAGAAUAAAAGAGUUAGAGCUGAGAUAGACAAUAAAACUUUUGAUAGAUCUGAUUUUCAUGAUAGUGAAUAUGAUGUAGAGGAAGAUGAAAAAUAUGCUGAAUGGGCAGGUGUGACUAACAUUGGAAAGGGUGUGGAAAAGGAGAAAUCAACAAACCAUGGUCAUGCUAAGAAUGAUGGGGUUGAGUCUGAUUAUGGACCACCAGAUGAACUAUUGAGUAUAGAUGAUUCCUCAUCAGAUGAAGAUAGUACUAAAAGAAGAAUGCCAAAGUUUGUUACUACUCAAACUUCUGGGAAAGCUAGUGCAAAUGCAAGUGUUAGAGUUGGAAAAUGUGUUCAGUCACAUAGGAGAGAAAAGUUACAGGUCAAAAGAAAUGUUAUCCCACCAACAUCAUCACAACAGUUCAAACCACCUCGUUCUACUCCAAAUCCAACACUAUUCUUGUGGAAAGGUCAGAGCUAUACAACCCUUGCAUCACUUCAAUUAAUAUCAAAAAGGGGAAGAAUUGAGGGAAUCCAGAUAAUGGUGGCGUGA